AUGCCCGGCAUCAAAGGACAAGCCGCGACCCCCACGCCAGAAAUCUGCAUAAUCGGCUCCCUAAACAUCGACUUCGUGACAUCUACCCCUCGGUGCCCUGGUCCCGGCGAAACCCUGACCGCGACUUCCCUCACCGUGACAGCCGGCGGAAAAGGCGGAAACCAAGCCGUCGCAUGCGGCCGGGCCUCGUUCAUCGCAAAAGAAACCCAAGAUGUAGCGGUGGGCAUGAUCGGUGCCGUCGGAGCAGACGACGUCUACUACUCCACACUCUUGAAGCCCGCGCUCGAAGCAUCAGGCGCGAAUACAGCGAAUAUUGAAGAGUCGAGCGAGGCUCAGACUGGGUCUGCGAGUAUUAUCGUUGAAGAGGACAAUGGAGAGAACCGGAUUCUUGUUGUACCUGGUGCGAAUCACGCGGGUAUGAUGAGUGAUGUUGCGCAGAUUGUCAGCGCUGUCAAGAACCAGGGCAAUCCCGGGGUGAUCGUGAUGCAGGGCGAGAUCCCACGGAAGACGACCUUGGGAUUAUUGGAAUAUUUCAACGGCGGGGUAUGUGAUCGCGCUCAUGUCGUCUUCAAUCCGGCGCCUGUAUAUCCCGAGGGGAUUUCACUGGCUGCGGUGAAAGGCACCUCUGUUCUGAUUAUGAAUGAGACGGAGGCUGUUCAGAUGUCGAGGUCUAUCGCUGGGCUUCCUGUGUCUUCAAGCCAGCCUGAUAAGCUUGAUACCCUGCAGACUGCGGAGCUGGCGCCGAGGUUCCAUGAGAUGGCGAAAGUACAGAUUGUGCUUAUUACGCUUGGAUCCAAGGGGGUUUAUUUCUCGACGAGGACUGGCAGAUCCGGGAAUGUGCGGGGGGUGAAGGUUGCUAAGGUCCUUGAUACCACGGCAGCCGGGGACACUUUUGUGGGGUACUUUUCAACAGAUUUGGCGAGGUUUUUGGCCAAGGGUGCUACGUUGGAAGAGUUCGAUGCAGAGAUUGAGGCCGCUGUGCAAAAGGCUAAUGCGGCGGCGGCAAAGUGUGUUCAGCAACGGGGUGCGGCCCAGAGCAUUCCCUUUGCGUACGAUAUGGAGUAA